GCUUGACGUCAGCGGUAGCACUCGCUCCCCAAUGGCGGGGAAAUUGAUCUGAUAAACUAUCACGGACGUUCGUGUCCUUCAUUCAUCCGCUUAAAAAAAUAAGUCAGAACGACUGACUUCGUGCCAUGCAUCGUAAAAAGCAACAGAAAUGCCCCAACCCCCUUUUCUUGAAGUGUCUGGAGGAUUGGCGGGAUGAAGCGAAACAGAGGAACUCCAAGCUGCAGCACACGUACGCCAAGGCUGCUGCUGCUAUGAAGAAGUAUCCAUUACCUCUUAGUUGUGGAAAGGAGGCAAUGAUUCUUGAUAACAUAGGUGCUAUGAUUGCAAGAAGGCUUGAUGAAGCCAUGGUAAAGCAUUCUGUCAAUAAUCACCAAGAGGUGUUUGCAAAUCAUGAUUUGGAAGAUGAAUACACAACAGAUCCAGCGCUAGACUCACUCAGUGUACAUACUCCACCAUCAGUUGAGUUAAAUGAUGAUAUUCUUGAAGAAGGACUUAAAAAGAGAAAAGAACCUAAGAGAAAAGUCUCUAAUGAAUAUGUACCAGCCUUCAGAUCAGGACCUUAUGCUUUGAUUGUGACAUUAUAUCAACAUAAUCAGAGACUUAACAAUCCAGGAUACAUGACAAGAGCUGAGCUUCAGAGGGAAGCACAGUCACUCUGUGAUGCUUCCUUUACAAAGCCUGACCCGGGCAGUCAUUACACAGCAUGGUCUUCUAUGUCAACACUGAUCAAAAAAGGUUUUAUUACCAAGACAAGCAAUCCGGCCAGAUAUUCCAUCACUGAUCAGGGCUGCAUUCUAGCCCAGAAGUUGGAGAGGGUGAACGGUGACAGGUUGUCAGUGGUGUCAUCGCACUUUACUGCAAGUAUUGCCUCUAAAUUAGCCUCUUCUGCUUUAGUUGACACAAAAUCUGGCAAUAAACUAAGUGCAUCCAUCAGAAGUGUUGUAUCAACAUCAAAGCCAAAUGUUGAGUGCAAACAAAUAGACCUCUGUACUGCUUCUGCAAGGGGCCUUGAAGGAUUUACAAGCAUAGUUGAAAAAAAGGAAUUAAAUCCCAAGAGACUUGUUAAGGCUGACUUCGACCUUGAUCCAGGUUUUGUGCUAAGACCAGGAACGUUCGAUGUUAUAUUGUGUGUAGAUGUGAAUGAGACAACGUCAGGAGAAGCCAAGUCGAGAAAAGAUGCUCUUAUUCCGGAACUUAAGAACAAUGGAGUACAGUUUGAUGUGCGCAAACUGCAGCUCGGAGACUUCCUCUGGGUGGCUCGUGAAAGAACUGUUCCAACACCAGGUUGUUUGUCAGUACCUGUGGCUCGAGAACUUAUCCUGGAUUACAUUGUGGAAAGGAAAAGAAUGGAUGAUCUCUGUGGAAGUAUCAUCGACGGUCGUUUCCACGAGCAAAAGUUUCGACUUCGCCAUUGUGGUCUCAGACACCCAAUUUACCUGGUGGAGGAUUUUGGCUCAAUUCAGCACAUGAGUCUACCAGAGAGCACAUUGCUUCAAGCUAUUGUUAACACGCAGGUGGUAGAUGGCUUUUUUGUGAAGCGGACACGUGAUUUGAAAGAGAGUGUUGCAUAUUUAACAGUCAUGACUCGCUAUCUGCAAAAAUUUUGCACAAAUAAAACUCUUGUCAGCUGUCAUCAAGCAGGCCUGGAGGAAGCGCGUUUAAACAACGAUAAGGAAGGAACUAAAAUGUACCUCAUGAAUUUUCCCGUGUUCAAUGAUUCAACUGUCAAAAAUAAGGUGAUGACAGUGAGUGAAGUGUUUGCCAAGCAGCUUAUGCAGCUGAGUGGAGUGUCUCCUGACAAGGCUGCUGCAAUACUGGACAAGUAUCCCACGCCUAGAAGUUUGUUAAAUGCAUACAAGGUACAGAAGAGUGUGGAAGACAAGGAAUUGCUCCUCUCUGUGCUGAAAUGCGGUGAAAAUCAAAGGCCUAUGAAGAUCUUAUAGCAAUGUACCAGUCUAAUAAUUUCGAAUGUCACCUAAUUGCAGGACGUUAGGACCGUCUCUGAGUAGACUGAUUUAUCAGCUGUUCUGUUUGCCUUCCCUGUGUUAAAAAUUGAGGUGGAAUAUCAGAUGUUAGAGAGCUGGUUUCUCCUUUUUUCUUUCUCUAUGUGUAACUAGAACAGACAAGUUGUGCAGAUUGGGCAUCCGCGGAUGGAAAUUGUUACUGAUAUUACGGUUAGAUAAACCUCAAUUCUGCUCCAUAUCAUCUUUGCGCUAAUUUACAUUGUAUGGCAGCUUAAAUCCUUACAUGUUAGAAAUGUUAGAAUAUUAUAGGGUCAAGAACAUACUCUGUGUUCUUUGGUCUUAAUAAAAAAAUCUGUUUAGGUUAA